AUGCACACUCACCUCGGACAGACCAUCGCUGCUCUCGUACGUCCGCAGUCAUUGGAGAAGCCUGCGACCCAGGCCCUCAAGCAGCGAUCAGUCAAAUUAGUCGUCGGUGAUCUUGAGAGCCAACCCGUCGAGGAGAUUGCCGCGCUCCUCGAUGGAUACCAAACGGUCAUCAGCGCGGUCGCGGCCGGCGCGCAGCUGGACCAGAUCAAACUGGUCGACGCUGCGGCAAAGGCAGGGACCAAGAGGUUUAUUCCCUGUGGAUUCACCACGAUAUCGCCUCCAGGUGGAGUGAUGAGUCUGCUUCGUGGAGACAAGGAACAAGUCCACGAGAGGAUCUGGUACCACCAUCUUCCAUACACGAUCAUUGAUUCAGGGUACUGGUACCAGAUAUCGUUUCCCAGACUGCCAUCAGGCAAGGUCGACUAUGCGGCAUUGGGCGAGAGCAACACGUUUGUCGGCAACGGCGAUGCCCCAAACCUGUUGAUCGAUAAGAGGGACAUUGGGAGACUGACAGCCAGGAUCAUCAAGGAUGACCGGACUCUGAAUAAACGUGUCUUUCUCCACGCCGAGGUGCUCACACAGCACGACAUUUGGACCAUCAUCGAGGGAAAAAGCGGCGAGAAGGUUGAGACGAGGCUUCGGACGAUGAGAUGCUCGCAAAAAUGCACGCCGCAAGGGCCAAUCUCAGGGCUAACCAAUCGGAUACCAUGGCACGAGUCGCAGUGUGGAGCGCCGAGUAUGAUGUGUCCAAGUACGUCAGGAGAGACAAUACUCCUGAAAACGCGCGGUAUCUGGGAUACCUCGACACGAAGGAGCUGUAUCCUGACUUCAGGCCAAUUACUUUCACGGCCUUCAUUGACGAGCUGUUGGCGGGCAAGGCGCAGAAGCUGUAUCAGGACCAAUUUGAGUUUUUGCGCAAGUAAGAAUCGUGAAUGA